CUCCACUCACUUUAAAUGCUGCGCCACCGCCUCCAACGGCCAAUCCCGCACCCGGCACGUGCUGCGGCUACCACCUCGCCUCCCCCAACGCGGCCGCCACUGAGCAAGAAGUACGGCCGCGCCCCAACUGCGCCUGCGCUCCGGAUGGUGUCACCAUGUUUCCCUUCCCCCGCUGCACGUGCGCCUCGGUGUCCCCGCUGCCGUCUUCCCUCCCGGCUCGCAUGCCACCUCCAGUCUUCUCCCCGGUUCCUCCGCGGGGAAGCGGAAGUGCUUUCACCGGAAGUGCCGGGACGGGAGGGUAGCGGCCCGAUCGGGAUCAAGGUGGCAUGGGGCGGCCGCGGUGAUGGAGGAGAGAAGCCGCCGGAGCCGGUAAUCAACUGGUAUUCUAGCAUGGACACUGUUGCUAGUCAUAGUUGUCAUCUUCUCCAGCAGCUACAUGAACAGCGCAUUCAAGGCCUUCUCUGUGACUGCAUGUUGGUAGUAAAAGGCGUCUGCUUCAAAGCACAUAAAAAUGUAUUAGCUGCUUUCAGUCAGUAUUUCAGGACCCUAUUUCAGAAUUCUCCAGGCCAGAAGAAUGAUGUCUUUCACUUGGACAUUAAAAACGUAGGUGGCAUAGGCCAGAUCUUGGACUUCAUGUACACUUCGCACCUUGAUCUUAGCCAGGACAAUGUACAAGCUAUGUUGGAUAUUGCACAAUGUCUGCAAGUGCAAAAUGUGCUGAACAUUUGCCACACUUUUUUAAAAUCCUCCACAGUUGUAGAGCCUCCUGCCAGCAUGCCUUGCAAUAGUGUGUUCUCCUUGCAAAGUACUUUGGCUACAGAGACUAAUUGUGUGAAUGAAAGUUAUGGUACUAACUUACUGCAUGAAUGCUCAUCAGAUACACAAGCGAGUAAAGUGUUGGAUGACCACCAUUCCCAUGGAUCACAAUCUGUUAAUCUUCAUACUUCCUCAGGUGAUGUACAGAAACAGACACAGGACUCCCUAGAUGGUAAUUGCACAGAGCUUCCAUUUAAACAGCCAAAUUACUAUUAUAAACUGCGCAACUUUUAUAGCAAGCAGUUCUACAAGCAGAAUGCAUGUUCCAACCAUGAGAGAAUAACAGAACAAUCCUUUGCUUUCAAUACAUCUACUGAACUAAGUACAGUAGAGAGCAAUUCUUGUACCGUCAAUCGAUCUGAAUGUAUUUUAGAAUCCUCUGACCACUUACCCUCCAACUUUCUGGUUCAAUCCUUGAAUGAAUCUGCUCCAGACCAAGAUUUGGAAAGCACGUCUUUGCAGCCUACCAAACAGAUGCGGUUAAAAAAGGCAAUACACCUUAAAAAACUGAAUUUUCUAAGGUCACAGAAGUCUGCAGAACAAUUGUCUGAACCUAAGAGAGAUGACAACAGUAUAACAAGGGUAAUUGAAUGUGUAAAUGAAAGUACCAUGGAGAUGACAAAUAUUAAUGCUGUUGAAGAAAAAGAAACCGAAGAUCUUGUGAGUUCAGAGAGUUUUGAACAAACUGUUGAAAUGGAAAGACCUCAAGGUCCUUCAGAACAAGAUGAGCAAUCACAGAUUCUUCACUCACAGAGGCAAUAUACUUGUGAAUUAUGUGGAAAGGCUUUUAAACAUCCAAGCAAUUUGGAGCUCCAUAAAAGGUCUCAUACAGGUGAGAAACCUUUUGAAUGUAACAUUUGUGGGAAACACUUCUCACAGGCAGGUAACCUUCAGACUCAUUUACGUCGGCACUCUGGUGAAAAACCAUAUAUUUGUGAAAUCUGUGGGAAAAGGUUUGCUGCUUCUGGUGAUGUACAGCGUCACAUUAUUAUUCAUUCUGGAGAAAAACCUCAUCUGUGUGAUAUCUGUGGCAGAGGGUUUAGUAACUUUAGUAACUUAAAGGAACACAAAAAGACCCAUACAGCAGAUAAAGUAUUCACCUGCGAUGAGUGUGGAAAGUCAUUUAACAUGCAACGGAAGUUAGUAAAGCACCGAAUUAGGCACACAGGAGAAAGACCAUACAGCUGUUCAGCAUGUGGAAGGAUGGUGAAACUAGGGAAUAAUUUCAGUGAGAAGAGCACAAAGCAGCCCCUUUUGGAGGAUGGAUUUGACACUAUCCCCUUGAUCACACCCCUGGAUGUCAAUCAGCUACAGUUCCCGCCUCCUGAUAAGGUUGUGGUCAAAACGAAAACAGAAUAUGAACCUGAUCGCAAGAAAGGAAAAUUUCGUACCCCCAAAAUAGCUGAAUUCACAAUCAGCAUAACUGAAGGAGUUUCGGAAAGAUUUAAGGUAACUGUUCUGGUCCUUUUUGCCCUUGCAUUCCUAACAUGUGUUGUAUUUCUAGUAGUCUACAAGGUUUACAAGUAUGAUCAUACCUGCCCGGAAGGAUUCGUUUUCAAGAAUAAUCAAUGCAUUCCAGCUGGAUUAGAGAACUACUACUCUGAACAAGACUCCAGUGCUCGAGGGAAAUUUUACACUGUCAUAAACCACUACAAUCUGGCCAAACAAACCAUCACACGCUCAGUGUCUCCGUGGAUGACAGUACUGUCAGAAGAGAAAUUGUCUGAACAGGAGACUGAAGCUGCUGAGAAAUCAGCUUAGUGCGAUAAGCUAAUUAUUAACAUGUCAUUUGAAGGUAACUAAGGGACUUUAAGGAACUUUUCAUUAAAUAUAAUUAUGGAUAAUUUAGAGGUUACUCAUGUUUAUGGUGCAAUUGCUUCUGUUUGCUGAUACUGCUUUGCAAAAAAUAAAACUUGCUACAAAACAUUCAUGGGCAUAAAAUAAGGUGCAUAUCAGCGUCGCUUUAGAGCUCUGACACCAUUUUCAAUGUUAAAAAAUUAACUUUAGAUAUUUUCUUGCAAUUUACUGGAUGCUGACAAUUUUUCACUGGAUUUUUCAGUGGUUUGGACUUCACAUAAUGUGCUUUAUUGUCUGAACUGAUUUUGUUUUUCUUAUGUAGCCAUUUUUGCAAACUGAACCAUCAUAGCCAUAACUAGAGUGAUCUCUUGUUUAGCGAAGAGCUGUAUUUAAAACUUGUUUUCAGCUCAAGUAAGGCCGAUAUCAAGGACAUGCUGUAAUGAUUAGAAUGGAGAAACUGUCAGGUAGCAUAUUUUUCUUCACUGUUGAUUUGUAAGUGAUAAUGAAGUUCUCUGCAACAAGGCAUGCUCAAUGUUUUAUUAUUACUGUCAACAAAAUUUCACUACAUUGCCACUAUGGCUUUAGUAUGUUAGGGUGUGCACUGAAACACAAACUAGAUAGGACAUACUGGGGAGAGAGACACAUUUUUAGCUAUGGAUUUGUUCAGGUUGUGUAAAAGCAACUUAAGAACUGGAGGGUGUUCUGAUGAGAAAGGACAUCCUUUGAUCACACUGAAGAAAGAGGCAGAAAGCCUUUCACUCUAGAUGUAGUCUGUAAUUUGUCUGAUAUGACAGAGGGAGUAACAUUUAAAAAAAAAUCCCUUUUAUACAACAUUAACACUUUUUUCCCCUUUUUAUAUAUUCUGAAUAGCUUUGAGUUAACUAUGCUGUUUGCAAUUUGCUAAUUUUUAAACUACAGGACAUCACAAGUGAAACUAGUGUAUUAGUUUACGCUACUUGCUGUUUUAAAGUGACAUGUCAAAACUGAGUGAAGAAGCAUAACUCUGUUUAUGUAUGAUUUUGGAGGAAAAAAGAUGUAGACAAGCCUAGUAUUGUGGGUGCACGUUCAAGUUUGAUGUUUCAUUGUGUUGACAAAUUUCUUAUUUUGUAUGAAACCAUGUUUUUUCAUUUAAUCCUAAAUAUGCAUUACAAAAAUAAUUUUAUUAAUCUGCUGGUUAGACAAAAUAAGUGUGUGAAGCUUUUAGGUAUGAGAUUCACUUUUCCUUUCAUAUUACUUGAAUGUGAUAUUUCUAGUGGACAUGUCAAAAGUUUCAUUGUUAUAGGCACUAUACAAAAAUGAAGGGAAAUCAUUGGUUAUUUGUCUAGUUCUGUAGUAGAACAAAUUUUGGUCAGCUCCACUUUUGGGUUUUCUUCUAAUCCAUUAUUAAUGUAUUCAGUAUCAAGAAUUUUACAUACCAAUAAAGUACAAAAUGGCCACUGCUUCUCAAUUCUAUAGGUUUGAUACCAAACAUAACAAUGAGUGUGCAUUAUAUAGUUAUGAACUAUAAAAAGCUUUGUUAUUAUGCUGUGUGGAAUGCAUAAAAAGCAAUAAAUUAUGUGCCAAAAUUUUCUUUGCAUUUUUAAAAAAGUUCAAACUCCUGUAAACACAUUACAACAUACCAUGUUUUGUCUGCUAGUAGACAUGUACUUUAUUGAAUGUAAAUUAAUUCACAUGUAACUUUUGACAUUUUCACUUCAUACAAAAUAAAGAAUAAGGAUGAUAUUGCCUGUUGCAUACAGUAUGUUGACAUACAUUUCCCAAGACACACAGUAAAAUGAACUUUGAAAUCAAAAUUUUUACCAAAAACAUGAAUUCAAAUUUUAUAAGAUUUGCUUCUCAUUAUUAUCCUCUAGCGAUGUAAUUUAAACUAUAUUUUCCCUUAACCUUAGACCAGUAAACAACUUCAUUGUACAGCCAGCUGCUGAACAAUAAGGCUAGUUACUAUCCUCAAAAGAAAACAUUCAAAAAUUUCAAGCAGCUGGAAACAACUCAUUUGGUGACUGAUACUGCACCCCUUGAAGUCAAAGAGUUUUCUCACUGACUUCAGCAGGAGGUGGUUCAUAAGCUCCUGGCUCCAACAGUUUCUGAAGUGUGGGUUUUUGUUUUGAACAGGUAGUUAAUUUUAAUACUUCAAAAAGUUUGGCUUCUAUAUUAUCUAUUCUUCGGCUUUGCUCCAACAUCUCAAUACAUCAGUUACAUCACAAUGUGUUUACUAUAAUUUAACAAACAUGACACUUUCCAAACUUCUUGGAACCUAGUGUAAGUAAAGCUUUAUAACAGUGUUUAAAAGACAAUUAUUUCCCAACAAAUACAAGUGACCCUGCGCAAACUAACUCUACAGGAGUAGGAGUGGCUGUCACACAUGAACAGGUCUCUACACUUUGUAGUGAGUGAUGUGACUAAAAAAGAAACCUGAGAAGACAGAUAGAAAAGCUCAACCCUGUCUGCAUUGCAACAAUUUUCUUCUUUGUACAUCUCAUCUACAUUGUGAACUUUCCACUAAUUGGUUUGGUGGGCUAAAAUUUCCUAAACGUAUAACUUACAUUUUAUUGAAAAUUUCUUGCAACUUACUAAACUGGAGUCUGCUUUUCACUUGCUAGCUGCUUCAAAGUUUUUAGCUUUGAAAGACUACCUGUUUUAUGAAGUUGCUGAAUGGACUUAAAUGGUGUUGAUCUGUUCACUGCAAGAGUGGUAUAUACACACACAAACACUUUUUUGCACAUACAUACACACUUUUUUGCAGGAAAAUAUUUUCCAGUCACAACAGUAUGUCAUUUGCAGAUAGCGUAUCUUGCUUUGAGAGGAGGAAUGUCUAAAUCUUAUGCAAACAUAGCACACAAUAAAACAAAGCCUAACUGUCAUACCAGUCCAGGAAAAGCAAGGAGAAUGAACACAUUACAAGGAAGAAAAGGAUCCAUACUCGAAAUCCAGCAUUUUUUUUGAUUGCCUGUAGGAAGAUAUGAGCUCAAUGACUAUUUUUCCCUAAAAAUACUGAUUUCCAUAAUAUGACUCAACCAACAGUCCAUCUGGGCCCAGUCUGGCACCUCUUUAAGCCAGUGGCAAAACUCACCAUUGACUUCACUUAGAGAAGAGUUAGGCCCAUAUUUCUCUAGAUUCUCACCCCAUGACUCAGGCCUCAAAAUUUCAAAAGCAGAGUCAGCGGAAGGGAAAAAAGGAAUCCCCCAUCCCACUAAUAGAGUUGGGUUAGUUAAUGAUUAGAACUGUUCAUUCUUGUGCAUGGCAUAUGUUCUAAGAAAGUAUUACAAGAAUUGAUUAAAAAUGCAUACAUUAUCUAUUUAAAUGCCAAAAGUGAACUUUAAGAACAAGAGAAACGGCUUCUCUAAACAGUUUAUUAAAGCUCUUUAGUGAUUUAAAUAAUAGCUGUUACUGAGGGCUGAUUUAACAUAGCUCAAGGCAAUAUUUAAAUAUUGUAAAUGACCAAGUCCAAGUUUAAAAUAGCAAACACUGAUUCCAAGAUUUGUUUUUCAACUGAAAUGGGAAGGAUGGGGGGUUAUUUUAGACUUAAUAUCAAUAUACUAUCAUUAAUAGUAUCAGUCUCAAUUAAAUACAGAAGUUUUCAUUUGUGGAUCUCAAAGAGUUUUAAGGGUAGGGAAACUGAAGCACAGAGGUUAAGUGACUUCCCCAAGUUAACGUGCAUCAGAAGAUCUGUGUUUUAGUCCCAGCUCUGCCACUGACACACUAUGUGACCUUAGGAAAGUUAGUUACACUCGCUGUGCCUCAUUUCUACCAGCUGUAGAAUGAAGAUAAUGAUGCUUUGAGAGCCAUGAAUGAGAUGCACUGUACUUAAGUGCUGAAUAUUAUUAAUAAUAAUCCAUUUAGUCUAUUGGCAAUGAGUUUAAAAAAAAUCAUCCCUGCCAUCAUAUGCUCUGCCUGCUAAGCCAUGUUACCUUUUUGGAUAGUUGAAUAUGAGAAAUAACAAUUCUAAAUCAAGUCUCUGAAAAUAAAGUCCCAAACAGAUUUUCAAAAAUAAGCGCCUAAUGAUAGGGUCCUAAAUUCAUGUUUAGGCAUUUAGAUAAGAGAACCUGUAAACAAGACCUUAUGCAGUAUGGGGAAGGGCCUCUUCGAAUCAAGAUAACGUAUCAAGACUGCAUUCCCAUCAAUUUCAGUGGUGUCUUCUUCCACCAAACUCCUUUGCAUAGGUGACUACAUGCAGCCCAGGGUUAUCCUCAUCUUUAACAAGGAGGUAAAGACCAGCAAAGUUUACAGGUCCCAGUGGUUGUUCAGAUCAACAUUAGUGAAACACGAAGUUUCACAGGCUACACUUCAGUGUAAGGGAUCCGGGUAGCUUCCACCCACACUGCUAUUGCUAAUCAGAUAUGCCCAUAAGACAGCCUGCAAGUUGUAAAUAUUGCCAUGGUAUCGGGUAUUGCUUAGGCAAAAAUGCUUUGAUAGCUAGGAACAAUACAUGCAUCGAAACACUACUUAGUAACAUUACCUCUCUUAUGUCUUCAUUGCCUUCUUUGAUAUUCUCUGUUGCACCCACAACUAACUGAUGAAUAUUGUCAAUUUCAGUGUCCUGUUGAGCAAGAGUUCCAUAAAGACAAUGACAAAUUCUGUAGAAAAAUGUUAACUGUAAAGAUCUGGGUCAGAAUAGAUCACAACUAUGAA